AUGAAGUGCCCCAAGACAGCAGAAGAAUGGAACUGCGUAGCAAAACGAUUCGCAUCAAAGUCGAACCACUUCAUUUGUGUGGGAACCUUGGGUGGGAAGCACGUCGCGAUCAAGAAACCCAAAGGUGGAGGAUCACUGUACUUCAAUUACAAGAAGUUCUACAGCAUCGUCUUCAUGGCCCUCUCCGAGGCAAAAUACAGGUUCCUGUUCGUCGACGUCGGUGCAGAAGGAGUUGCUGGGGAUGGAGGAACCUGGCAGAAGUGCAACCUGGCCAGGGCCAUCACAUACAACCGAGCAGGACUCCCACAAGACAGAAGUCUGCCCAACAACGACGAACCCGUCCCCUUCCACAUAGUUGCUGACGAUGCCUUCGCUCUCAAGUUGUGGAUGAUGAAGCCCUACUCCCACCAAUCACAAGAUCCCACCGAACGACUAUAUAGCUACAGAUUAUCUCGCACUCAUCGUGUGGUGGAAAAUGUAUUCGGCAUGCUGCAGAUGAGAUGCGAGUCUUCAGGACGAUGA